AUGAGACUCUAUCAAAGGACCAACGAGCAGAUCCGUCUCUCGUUUGAGAAUCUCGUUGUGCGUCUCAAUGGCGUAGGUGAGGUUGGAGUUCCGGUGGAAAUCGCCCACGGAACCGUGGUGGACGCAGUCAUUGCUCAAGCAGAGACCGCGUCGAUGAAGGCCGCGAGUCGCAAGGCAAAGCGCAAGCAGAGGAAAAAGGACAAGAAGACUCGAGAUGCUGCUGACCCCGAUGCCGCUGACCCAGAAGUCGCUGAGCUGGGUGAUGACGAACCGGGAGCUGCUGACCUGGAAAGUCAGGCCUCGAGAGACAAAUGCGUCGGCAGUUCCCGCUCGAAAAAUGCUCGAAAGAAGCUACGACAGAGACAACGUCGACGGACUCUCUGGCAAGAUUCCCGGUUGGAGAUGACUUCCAAGGGCGAAGAGCUCUGUGGACAAUCAGAAGAGGACACAGCGAUCACUCAGCCGAGCCACCCUUCUAAUGAAGUGACUGCUACGGCUGAUCUAGGCGGAGGUCUUACUACUACUCCUCCAGAUCAUUUCACUUCACUUCUCUUCCCAACCCUCAAACCCUCUUUCUCCCCCCAACCCCCCCACGAAACUCCUUCACCGCAUUCGUUGAUCAUCCUUCCUCCCGUUUCUUUCUCUCCUCAAAACUCACCCGGACCAGCCUAUCUCCCGAUUCCUGCCGUUGAGAGAGAAGCCCCCAUGACACCCUGGACACUCGAAGAGAACCCCACUGAGGGCGAUGACAGCGACACAAAUCAGGCAGAAGCCGAUGUGUUACCUCAGCAUUCCUUCGAGGAGCAAACUGUCUUUCCCAACCCAGUGAAGACCAGCUCGACGUCCUCUGCCGAUCCUCAGGCCACUAAUCAGUCACUCGGUGAGUCUAUCUUGGAUAUCCAAAGUCCCCCCACUGCGAGUCCGGCACUGAAAAAGAAGAAAAAGAAAAACAAGAAGGGCAAUACGCGAGGAAGAAAGACGGAGGAGAUGCUCCAACAGGCUACAGGUUCACGCGAAAGACUUCUCCUCGGACAAAGCUCUUCGGAAAGCACACUGUCAGGCGGAGUCACCAAGAGAGAGAGUCGGAUUCGGGAGGAGAAUUCAACUCCACCACCUGGUACGUUUACACUUACCGCCGACCCGAGUAUGCUGGUUACUACUCAAGGCACAACAGACAAACCUACUGAGGCCACGAAGAUCGAUUCGGAGAAACCAACGCCGGAAUAUGAUACUGCAUGUCCGUCUCCAGCUACCCUCACUCCCCCCACCGACCCGCGCAUGCCGGUGACGACUGAAUUCUCAGCCGACAAGCCUACAAACACGAAGAUUGGUCUGGAGGAGCAAGAACGGGAGCAUGAAAAUACAUCUUCAUCUUCGAGAACCCUCACACCCACUGCCGGUCUGCGCAUGCCGGUGACGACUGGAUGUUCAGCCGACGAACCUACGGACACGACGAUUAGUUCGAAAAAGCAAGAACUGGAAUCUGAAGCAACACAUUCGUCUAUUUCCCGGGGAACUCUUACACCAGUUGCCGGUCUGGGCAUGACCGCCUAUGUUCCUACUACGGCGACGAUCGCGGGAUUACCACAACGAGCCGCUAGUGCUCCUCCGCAACUUCGUAUUGCUUCAAGUUCGAUCAAAAGACCUGGCGCGGUAGCAACAACCGAUUCGGAAGGAUCAGAGCUGGAAAAUGACCGCUGGAGUGACACAUUUGAAACGCCCACGGUGAGAUACCCAGUUCCAGACAGAGGAAGGAUGCUUGUUGGCACCAGAUCCGAACCUCCGACCCCUCCGGGAACUUUCCUUUCUCCCCCUCCAGAAGAAAGCCCUCUGAAUACAUUUUCUUUGAACGGCCCACUGAGUCAUGUGCCCAUAGCCGCGGCGAUGAUGCAAGCCUCGAGACCGCUCAGACUAGCGGGUGAUAUUUCCUUCAUCGACCUGACUCGUGGUCUGCGAUGCCAGCUUGCUGGAUGUGAGCAGCGUUGCAACCUGUAUGAUGGCUACACGGUAAUCUGUCCAGGGUGCGGACCUUUCUCGCCGGUUCGAUACUGCGGCGGAGAUCACUUGCGGCGGGACGUUCUCACUCAUUGGAGAAUCUGCGGGACAUCUCCCUUUGUACACUUCUGUGUCAGCAGUUCGAUUCCACAACGUAUCCAUGAGGGUAUUCCUAUGCUUAUCAACCGCCAUGGCUGGAACACAGUUGAGCGUCACCGACAGGCCUUGUGGUUUAGUUCCGCCCAAGCAAAAGGGGACUACUUCCUCUUCGAUGAUCGGCAGAUCGGCUGUUCUAUGCCAAGUCAAUGUCGCACCUGGGGAGGUGAUCAAGCGACCUUGCCAAGCUGGAUCAUCCAAUUCGACGACCCAGAGGAGAAAGAUCGAUUCCGCCGAUGCAUGGCAAUCAGUCUGUUUGCCCCCGAUUCAAACGUUGAGAUUUUGCAAUAUGCAUUCCGGAUGAUCGGUGACAAGCUGAAGGCCUCAUAUCGAAUGGAAACAGGCAUGCAGGGGCUCCUCAAGAAGCAGUUCAAAAGGGAGACAGGAUUCAUUGCCCCUUUUGAUUGGGUCGCCUAUCCACACGCCUGUGAAGCAGAGUGGACAGGGAAGAACCCCAAGGGGUGCCCCGACCCGACCUGCGUAGUUCAACAGCGGUUGGGGCACAGGACGUGGACGCGGACCCGCUGCAUAUGCCUGGAACGAAAGUGCGCGGGGAUGGAAGCCUCGCACUGGCUUCUCCGGGCAAGCCGGACCACCCAUCCGACCGUGCACCGCGCAGCGGACCGCAUGCGAGGAAACGGCUUUGCGGGGGUUAAUCUCCCCUACCGCCGUGUGUUCCGUCGUGGGCUGGGGUGGGAUGGAGCGGGCACGGGCCCGAUGGAAUUGGAAGGCUACAAUUGCUAG